UGUUUAUCUUCCUAUCAGGAAAGCAUGUAUUAAGCUUUAUGAGCUUAAAUAUUCUCAACUCCAGUGUGACAGAUAUUUUCUUUGAAUUUCAAGGACUGAAGCUAAGUAUUUCUCUAUUGUUGCAUAGUGCUGUUAUAAUUUUUGUCUUCAUCGUGCUUUUGAUUAUCAAUGUUGAUAGACUAGAUUCUAUGCCCAAAGGCGUGCCAAUCGUGAUUUUACUGUACUCUUCCCUAUUCAAUCUAGUUGGAUGUAUCUUGCUCUUCACACACAAGUCGACCGCCAAAUGGGAGAUGUCUACGGCAAUUACUGGUUGUGGGUCUUUAUCCGCGAUUACCACAAUAUCGACGUUCUUGCUCGCCAUAUUUUAUAACAAUACAUUGAAGAUAUCAAAGAAAAGGAAAGUAAAAUCUGACGAAUAUGUUGCGCCCAUAGCUACUGCACUUCCUCCCAAGCCUUCAGUUCCCAAACAUUCAGCGGAUAAACCAUCUGGAGAACCGGUAGCCAACAUUGACCCACAGUUACCUAGAGCUGCAGCCACGCAGGAAGAAGAAUUUGAGCCAGGAGCAUCCCCAGUUCCAGAUUUGCCUCCUGCAGUACCACCACCACCACCACCGCCACCACCACCUGAAAUACCUCCUGCGAUGUCACCUGAAAUUCCACCUGAUGUGCUGCCUGAAAUGCCUCCUGAAAUGCCACCUGCUGAUUUUGGACCUGUGCCGGCGAUAAAAACACCGGCAAAAACACAGGAAGAAGUUGAUCUGACAGCAGCACUUCCAAAAGAGUUCGCGAUUCCCCCUCCUCCGCCACCUUAGUCUCCAAUAAUUAGAAUACAUACAGAACAAUUAAUUGAUUCCGAAAAUGC